CUCGACAGUGAUUCUGAGUCUGCUUUUAGCUUCCCUUGGCCUGCCUUGGCUUUUUUCUGUUCCUGAACAGCUGUUUGGCCCAUAGCUUAGAGAAAGCAGCCUUUUUUCUCUCCCAAGAGAACCUCCUCCCUGUGCUCAGAGAAAUGGGGAGCGGGGAGCCUAACCCUGCCGGCAAGAAAAAGAAAUAUCUCAAGGCUGCCCUGUAUGUGGGUGACUUGGACCCAGAUGUCACCGAGGACAUGCUCUAUAAGAAGUUCAGGCCUGCUGGCCCUCUGCGCUUCACCCGAAUCUGCCGUGACCCGGUGACCCGCAGCCACCUGGGCUAUGGCUAUGUUAACUUCCGGUUUCCCGCAGAUGCUGAAUGGGCCUUGAACACCAUGAAUUUUGAUUUGAUUAAUGGCAAACCAUUCCGCCUCAUGUGGUCUCAGCCAGAUGAUCGCUUAAGAAAGUCUGGAGUUGGAAAUAUAUUCAUCAAAAACCUGGACAAAUCCAUAGACAAUAGGGCCUUGUUUUACUUAUUUUCUGCUUUUGGGAACAUUCUCUCCUGCAAAGUCGUAUGCGAUGACAAUGGCUCGAAGGGUUAUGCCUAUGUGCACUUCGACAGCCUGGCCGCUGCCAAUAGGGCCAUAUGGCACAUGAAUGGAGUGCGGCUCAACAACCGCCAGGUGUAUGUUGGCAGAUUCAAAUUCCCGGAAGAGCGGGCAGCUGAGGUUAGAACAAGGGAUAGAGCAACUUUCACCAAUGUGUUUGUUAAAAACUUUGGAGAUGACAUGGAUGACGAAAAACUGAAGGAACUUUUCAGCGAAUAUGGGCCAACUGAGAGUGUUAAGGUAAUUAAAGAUGCCAGUGGGAAAUCUAAGGGAUUUGGAUUUGUGAGGUAUGAGACACACGAGGCUGCCCAAAAGGCUGUGCUAGACCUGCAUGGAAAGUCUAUCGGUGGCAAGGUCCUAUACGUAGGGCGAGCACAGAAGAAAAUUGAACGCCUGGCUGAGUUGAGGCGGAGAUUUGAACGGCUGAGAUUAAAAGAAAAAAGUCGGCCUCCAGGGGUGCCUAUCUAUAUUAAGAACCUGGAUGAGACCAUCGAUGACGAAAAACUAAAGGAGGAAUUUGCUUCCUUUGGAUCAAUUAGCAGGGCCAAAGUGAUGAUGGAAGUGGGGCAGGGCAAAGGGUUCGGUGUUGUCUGCUUCUCCUCUUUUGAAGAGGCUGCCAAAGCAGUGGAUGGGAUGAAUGGUCGCAUUGUAGGCUCCAAGCCCCUGCAUGUCACCCUGGGCCAGGCCAGGCGCAGGUGGUGAGAAUAAGAAUACUCAAUUUGUUUCAGCCUUAGCUGGUGCCUACUUAGUUUGGGCUCCUUUGUAAUAAGGGGUUAUUUUAUGCCAAUUCACAAGUUUUUUUAAGUGAAUACGUUCUUUUGGAAAAAAAACUAGAAAACCUUGUUCAUUUUAGUAAAGAACAUAAUUUCUAAUUGUAAAAUUGUCAUUUUGUACUAUUUUUUGAUAUAAUAUCUUUAGGAAUAUGUAGAAUAAAGUUUAUUCCUUCACAUUUUUUUUCCUGAACAGUCAAGAUGAGGCAACCGAUUAAGUAUAUCUCCCUCUUUAUAUCACUAAUACCAAAUUUAAUGUCUUUCGUGAAAAUAUUCUUAACAUGGUUCUUCUGAAUCUAUCACAGUGAAAACUUCUAACUUGCUUUUUGAGACAUGAAUAAAGCAGGGGAAAAUGUAUGUGAUCCAGUUAACAUUGCUGCAUAAUUUCACUUUAAAUCAUUCUAAAUGAAUGUUCAUUUAAAAAAGAUGUGAGAUUUCUUUUCUUCCCUUUUAUUUAUUUAUAUUUUUGUUUCUUUUUUAAAUAUAUUGUGAGCACACCACAGACUUGACUGUGGCUUUGACUAAACGUUGGGAGUUGUCUUUAUUAACUUCAGGCCCAGAGAAGUAAGCAUACUGGUGUUUUCUCAAUCAGUGCAUUAGAAAAUUAAUACUUUAGUCAGUGGCUAUUUAAAUUAUGAGUUACGUCUUUAAAACCUUUCCUGAAAGAUUUGAUAUUGGGGAACACUUUAGGUACCACUGCUACCACUCAUUUUCCUAAAUUCUUUAGUACUUGUACUUGGCUCACAUUAAAUAAACAAAAAUGAGUUGCCUUUACCUAUGGAUAAUUUAAUAUUUUACUUCCAGUCUUUAUCUACUAUCGAUAUAAAAGGUAAAUAGUCCAUAGAAUGAUGUUGAAAAACUACUUUGAAGAACAUCUUCUAUUAAACUUGUUUAUAUCUAUAGUAAA